AUGGAGGGAGUUGACUGGCCGCCACGGCUGCUGCUGGUCCUGCGGCGUCACUUGGAGCAGGUGGAGCAUCCUGAAUUUCCUCGAACCCCGCCAUUCUCCACAAACUCUUCCCGAAGAAGCGUCUUGACGUUUCUACUUGACGCUCAUGAAUGUGCCAGGCGGCUUUCUAAAUUGUCGGACUCUUUUGUCGACUGCUGCCGGAAUCUUGUUCUUGACAUCAUCGAGCAGUGCUGCGCCUCCUCUUUUCUUUCUGCAAAGGAGCGACGUGUCAUCAAUCUUUUGGCGGUGCAGCGGGAGAAGCGGUUGGAGGGGAGGCAUGGGCAGAAGCGACGCCACAACGACAGCGACGGCAGCCCAACAGGAACAGCUUCACAUAAAUGUGCCGCAGUUUUACCUGUGGAGUAUCUUCUUCGCUUUUUUAUGGCUUUGCCGUCUAUUUUAGCACACUACGACAAACUUGGUGGCUCCACCAUGCCGUCGGCGUACAAACAGCCUCUCUGGGACUACGUGAACGCCAUUAUUAGCAUCAUGAAGGAUCUGGAUUUUUUUGAUCCCGCUGCGUAUAUUCCUUUGAAAUGA